CUAGCAUCUUACUAGCAUUUCUCCUCAAGAACCAAGACCCAGGAGCCAGGGCGGUCACCUAGGAUAGCCAAGCAUCGAGGGACAAGAGAAACUGGAGGAGGAAAAGGAGUCUGGGCGGGGAAGCCCAGAAUCAGCCACAGCUCGGCAAGAGGUGGAGCAGAGCUCCCCCGCAAAAAAAAAGGCGGAGCAGAGCGAGCAGAACAAGGAAAGCACCAAGGGAGGCAAGGAAGAAUAUCAAGAAGAGUGGAGUCAAGGCAUCCUCCCCAACCAGAUUUAGAUAGCAUCAAGUACAGGGGGCGUCGCACAAACCAGAAAGGGGAAAAACAUGGUGAAUGCUAGCGAACUUGUGAAAUGGUCCUUAGUAUUUGAAAAUAGUGACAGCGCGGCGCUUAUGAGAAUUGAGUUCCUAGUUGUGGCUAUUGCAGCUAUCUUCCUCCUGAUGUCAUUCUUGGACAUGUACCGUCGUCAGUGCCGCCACUCCGCCAUCAAGUACCUCUUACUUGUCCUCGACGCCAUAAGUGAUUCCUCAUUCAUCUACACAAUUGGACUGAUGCAGAGUGCGCCCUUCAAGAAAGAUCUGUUUUCAAUAUGGGCGCUGGUAUUGGUCAACCUCCGGUUCAAUGCUUGCUUCAUCUCAGCAUACGGCAUCCCUGACCAAGACAACAGCCGCAUAACCGAGGGCGCCAGGGUGAUGUCACUUCUAGGGGUGGCCUUCUUAAUCGGCACACAGAACAGUCAGUUUAAGCAUCCGAUCUGGGUGCUCUGGGCAAUGCAGCAAGUGAGAAGUAAAUACCUAAUAGUUGCAUACAAUAAAGCGACAGGAUCCUUCUUGCACGGUCGGAGCUCGCCACUUCUGACAGCAUAUAUGGGUACCGAUGCUGGUAUCUGUAAGGAGGGGAAUCCGACCACAAUGAACGAGUACAAGUACUUGGUCUCUGGAGAUCAGGAUCAGAAGGUCAAACUGCAGGCCCCUGAGUAUAAAUUUUAUCUGAAAGUUGAGUCAGAGGGAGAUCAGGAGCAGAAGGCGCCUUGGUAUAAAUUGUAUCUGAACCUUUCAAAAACAAUUUUUGGUCUGAAAGUUGAGUCAGAGGGGCGGUUCAUCACUCUUGAUAAGACUUGGGAGCAGCUCAAAAACCAGCAUUCAGACACCGAUGCAGGGGGCGGCCAACGAUCAUGGGCCAAAGACCUGUGCCUGUCCUUUGCACUAUACCGACUACUCCGUUGCAGAUUUGACGACUUACCCCUGCCAGACGAGAGCCUUACAAGCACCAGAAAAUUAAUGUAUGAAAUUAUUGGCAAGAAGGACGAAGAUUUGUCUACACAAACAGACCAUCAUACUCAGGGAGCAUUCAACGGAGAUUUGCCUACACAAACAGACCACCAUACUGAGAGAGCAUUCAGCGGAGAUUUGCCUGCACAAACAGACCACCAUGCUGAGAGAGCAUUCAGCGCAGAUUUGCCUGCACAAACAGACCACCACGCUGAGAGAGCAUUCAGCGCAGAUUUGCCUGCACAAACAGACCACCACGCUGAGAGAGCAUUCAGCGCAGAUUUGCCUGCACAAACAGACCACCAUGCUGAGAGAGCAUUCAGAGGAGAUUUGCCUGCACAAAUAGACCAUGCUGAGAGAGCAUUCAGAAUUGCUAAGUUGGAGCUUGCGUUCCUCAACGACUACUUCUACACAAGAUACCCCAUCCUUUUUUGGCGUGGCUUCCCACUGAUUUUUGCUUGGUACCCUCUCCUGACCAUUGCUCUCAUCGCUUGGCUUGGAAGGGACAUCCACAAACUCUACAAGCCUAAGGUGGGAGAAACUGCCCACGUCGUGCACGGGGUCAACGUUGAUCUCAUCAUCACAUGGAUAUUCAUGUGCAUUAUCGUGCUGAAGGAGUCUUGGAAGGUGGUCACCUACUUGCUGUCUGAUUGGACUAAGGUGAUGCUGCUGUGCGAAUACAGUUCGCGCACCCUGAAGUGUAUUCCACAGUGGCUGUGGGAGUUCUUGGUUCGGAUCUUGUGCACACCAAGAUGUAGAAUUGUGCGCCGUUGGCACAAUAAGAUCGGUCAGUAUGAAUUCUUGCAGUCAUUUGGUCACAAUCCUAGGAACAUUUUUUACUGGUUAAGCCUUGGCUUGGUCCCAAAAGAAAUUAGAGGUGCAAAAGUAGGCAGCCCAACGGAGCUGCCAGAGGAUGUGAGAGCCGCCGUUCUCAAGUCACUUUGCUCAUUAGAUCUUAAGCAGAACUCACUAAAGUCAGACCUGCCGACUGAUGUUAAGCAGUUCAACUUCGAGUGGACUUUCAAACUGGGUACAUGGUGCCACAGCAUUCUUGUGUGGCAUAUAGCAACAAGCCUGUGUGAGAUUGAGCUUGCUCAACGCUACAACACAAGCUUAACGACUUCUGAGUUACUGUGUGCAAUCAAGACUGCUCUCAAUUGUUUCUCCUCCCAGCCAUAUCUUAUAAAGGAAGACAGAAUUGAAGGGUGGCUCCGAGCUAAUUAUAUAGCCGCCAACAGUAUAUCACGCUACUGCGCCUAUCUGCUUGUUAUAGAACCAGAUUUGCUACCUGACAGUUUCUUAACUGCCGAUGACUUAUUCAGAAACACCGUCGAUGAGGCUUUAGAUAUCCUGAAAGGCUGUGACACCCUGCAAAGCAUAUACAGAAGGCUGAUUCGAGGAGUGCCUCAACAAGACGAUCAAAAAAUGGACAGAUUAAGGACCCAUCCCAAUACGAUACUUGCGAGUGCUGCACGCCUUGCUUGGUCUCUGAUUCAUGAGAUCCCAGAUGAAGUAGUUCGCUGGAAGGUCCUCGCAGAAGUCUGGGCCGAUAUACUGGUACACACAGCCCCCUCAUGGAAUGCCUCGGCUCACAAGAAAUGCCUUGCAACAGGUAGUGAGUUCAUAACUCAUAUAUGGGUCAUUCUUUCUCAUUGCAACGUCCACAGCAGCAAGCGCUGGCCAUACCAAGAACCCCCACAGGAUGACGAUGACGACGACAACCAAGCAAGUGAACGGCAAGAAGUGGGAGCGCCAGCGCCAUCACAGGAACCGACUGUGGCUGGUGAUGGACUGUUGGCACAGGAAGGGCCAGCGAGGGUUCUGUCAAAUGGAGCACUACAAGAACAAGACCAAACAUCAAGUCCAACUCUAGGACAGCAUUUAACCACAAAUGGCCAACAACUUGCUCAGAAAGAAACAGAAGAACACAAUGAAAUACAAGAGGUCAGAGCCGAUUGGAAAGGAUGACACAUCUCAUUUGCAUAAUUGAAUAUUAAUGUUCAAAAAUGUCAUCGAUGUACUUUUCUUGCCCCUUUUCAGAAAGAUUGUAUGAGUCCUUCGCAGUGACCACAUUAACUGCUUCUCAGCGUUGAACAUGUAUGGGAUUUAUCUCUGAAUUCUAGUUUAUGGGAUUUAUCUCUGAAUUCUAUGUCUGUAUGUUGAACUAUCAAGUGAAUGCCCUCUUGGAAAAG